AUGGAGCCAGGAGACAAAGAGGAUUUGAGCAAGGCCCCCGAAGGUCUUGUUCUUCCACCUAAGGAUAUCCGAGUAAUCGUUGAAAAGACUGCCGGCUAUGUCGCACGAAAUGGAAUUAUCUUUGAAGAGCGCAUUCGUGACAAGGAGAAGAGUAACCCAAAAUUCUCUUUCCUAAUCGACAACGAUCCUUACGCACCCUUUUAUCAAUGGCGUGUAGCAGAGAUCAGGGGUGGCCGUGGUACAGCGGUGUCAGCAGGUCGAGCUGGCGAAGCAGCUCCCGCCGUUGAAGCCGAAAAGCCCACCGGCCCUAUUGAACCCCCGCCAUUCCAUUUCUCUGCACGCAUGCCCAACAUUAAUGCGAAGGACUUCGAGGUGGUCAAACUGGUAGCUCUCUGGACUGCUCAGCGAGGCAAGUCCUGGUUGAAUGCCCUCGCACUGAAAGAAAGCAGGAACUCCCAAUUUGAUUUCCUGCGGCCGCAGCACUCCCUAUACCAAUUCUUCACUCGUCUUAUCGACCAAUACACCAUCGUGAUACGUCCAGAGGGAAUCGACGAUGCCACUACUGAGCAGAAGCGCAUUGCAGAAUUGAAGGAGAAUGUGAAGAACAAGUGGCAUAUCUUGGAACGUGCUAAGCAGCGGUCCGAAUGGACAAAGCACCAGAUUGCUCAAAAGGAAAAGAAGGAUGAGCAGGCAGAACAGGAGCGUAUCGAAUACGCCCAGAUCGAUUGGCACGACUUCGUGUUAGUUGAGACUGUGACGUUUACCGCGGCCGAUGACGCGGGAGAGCUUCCACCACCGACAUCUCUCAACGAUCUGCAGUGCGCUUCCCUCGAGCAGAAAGCCGCCUUGUCUCUUAACCUCUUCCGCAUCGAGGAGGCUAUGCCCACCGACCUCGACAAUCCCACCUACUACAAUGCGACCGAAUCUGCUCCUGUCACGCAGCCUCCUGCCCCGGUAUCCUACCCUGCGCAACCUGCCGCUAUGGACUACAACGUGCCGUAUCCAAAUGCCCCACAAGCUGCAGUCCAAGUGCAUACCGAGUCGCCAGUGGCUGCUAUUCCAGGCCAGCCUGCGAUACGCAUUCGCACCGAUUACGUUCCUCAGGGCCGCCGGCCUCAAGCCCCUCUUACAGCACCCUGUCCCAAUUGUAAACAACAGAUUCUCAUCUCAGAGAUGGAGCAACACAUGCGGAUCGAACUUCUUGAUCCCCGCUGGCGACGAGAGCAGGACAAACUCCUUGCUGAAACCCACACUACUAACCUGUCCACCGUUGAUGCCGUCAAUAACCUUAAGCGUCUGGCCAGUCAGCGCACUGACCUUUUCAAUGAAUCUCCGCUCACUCUGCCCCCAGAUACUGAGGAAGAGGCUCGUCGUAAGCGAGUGACUGGUACGAAUCCUUCAGGGUGGGUUGCACCCAGUCGGAAAUAA